AUGCUCUUCCGUUUCGGCGUGGUGCUGCCGGCCCGCAUGACGGAGGGCGGCGGUUCGCUGCUGGUGGCCGGCUCUCGGCCGGAGCUGGGCGGGUGGGACCCGCAGCGCGCCCUGCCCAUGCAACCGGCCCGGCCGACCGCCCCGCUGCCUGCCCAGGAGCCGGCGCUGUGGCUGGCGGAGGUGGCGCUGCCGGGCGAGGACGCCGCCAGCCCCUUCUGGUACAAGUUCCUCCGGCGGCAGGGCGGCGAACUCCUCUGGGAAGGUAAUGGGCCCCAUCAUGAUCGAAGUUGUGUUUACAACCAGAGCAACAUAGUAGAUGGAGUUUACUGCCUCCCAAUAGCACACUGGAUUGAAGUCUCUGGACAUACUGAUGAGAUGAAACAUACAACUGACUUCUAUUUUAAUAUUGCAGGACAUCAAGCUAUCCAUUACUCCAGAAUUCUGCCAAACAUCUGGCUAGGAAGUUGCCCUCGGCAGCUGGAGCAUGUAACCGUGAAGCUGAAGCACGAGCUGGGUGUUACGGCUGUGAUGAACUUCCAGACCGAAUGGGACAUUGUUCAGAAUUCCUGGGGCUGCAACCGCUACCCAGAACCCAUGAGCCCCGAAAUCCUCAUGAAACUGUACAAAGAGGAAGGUCUUGCCUAUGUCUGGAUGCCAACCCCAGACAUGAGCACUGAAGGAAGAAUACAGAUGUUGCCGCAAGCUGUCUGCCUCUUGCACGGGCUACUGGAGAAUGGACACACUGUCUACGUUCAUUGCAACGCUGGCGUUGGCAGGUCUACAGCUGCUGUCAGUGGCUGGCUGAAGUACGUGAAGGGAUGGAGCCUGCGGAAAGUGCAGUACUUUUUGGCAUCCCGGAGACCAGCUGUCUACAUAGACGAGGAAGCUCUGAAUCGUGCUGAAGAUGAUUUCUACCAGAAAUUUGGGCAUCUUCGUUCUUCAUGCAAAAUACAAGAGUAGAAAAGCAGAAGCAGAAAAGGAAGGUGAAGAGGAAUCCUUACAUUUGAACCCCAAGGACUUGGAAAUCAUGAGUCGGACGCCUGCCUCUCCUCUUCAGAUUAUAAGCUUGUCAUAAAAGUUGUGAGAAUUUUGUUAAAAAACUGCCUUUGAGGGUUUUGUAUUUGCUUUCUUUAAGCUGUUAUGAUUCACGUUUUCAAGCCUUUUGCUGCAAGUAUGAGACCUAGAAACUCUGCAAAGGGAAACUAAGAUUUUCUUUUAACUACUUGCCUACAGGAACUAGAGGUUUUAGGGUAGACACUAAAUAAGAUGUGAGGUGAAAUAGAGUUGGCAAUAUUUCAGUGACAAGAAAGAGAAGGCGUCUCAGAAAAACAGAUACAAAAGCUGACUGGAUUAAGGUUCGGGUUAGGUUGGAGCUGAUCAUUGUCAAAGCUGCUCAGUUAUUUUAGGUGGAGUGUACGUUAAAGUGUUUAAACAAAAAGCUAAUGUCUAAUGCAGUGAGCUAAAAUUUGCUCUCUUUGCCUAUCUAGUUAAUGUUAAAUAUUAUGAGUUUCAACUAUAUUCUUUUAUGACAUUGGGGUUAUGCUGGGAUGUGGCAUGAAGAGAGGAAACAGCUCCACUUACUGCAGCCUUACUCUGUUGCAGGGAAGGACUACUAUUUAUUACACUAUUCUAGGCUGUGAGAUCUCGAAGUCAAAGAUACAUUCUGGUCCAUGCAGCACUGUACAGUGGGCUCCCUAGGUGCCAAGUCAAUCUCAGCAGUAACCACUGGGCUAAAACAGGACCUAUAGGAACUAUGUGAUAAGCCUCUGCACAUGAUUGACACCACAGCCUCUGUGUUGUUGACCUAGAUUAAUUUCUUCACUAUAGCAAAAGUCUCUCCUUGUGCAAGCAGUGUGUGGGUGUUCACAGAUGGUAGAUUAACCGACUGAAGCUAAUGCUGGGCUAUCCCUGUUGGCUUUGUGGAUGAUUCCUAAUGUUCUCCAGCACUGCUUAGUCCCUUAGCUAAACUAAGCAGUGGCAUCAACAGCUUCCAGCCCUGCUAAGGUAAAACCAAUUUGCUGUAGGUUAAGUCCAAGAGAGAAGGGAGAGAAAAUAUUUCCUAAGGAACAGAGGAUUAAGGAUGCAGAAACAUAAGAAACCUAAUUUCUAUAGGUUUAUUCUUCAGUGAAAUCUCAUUUUUUUCCAGCCAACUUGUUCCUCUAAAGACCCAGUCA